UCUUCGUCAGCCAAUAGGGGCGUGGUUAGGUUCCCCGGCUUCUGUCCAAUGGGGUGCGGGUGAGGAUGUCUGCGCGCGCAGCAGGCGGAGGAGGCAGCAGCAGCAGCAGCAGAUCUGUACGUCAACACGGGCCGAGGACAUCGCUGUGUACCGUACAGUCAUAACGGAAUACAGCGCUGAGGAUGACGGAGCUGAGGCACAGGGGGACCGGGGAGCAGGAGAUGGAUGAGAAGCCCCGACCUAUAAGUUAUUGUGCAAAUGAAGGUCAAAAGCCCAGGGGGGCGUUCUCCAGCAUGACUACAACCCAGGAGAACGAACCGGAAAUUAAGCUUGAUGGGGAGACCGCAUCAGACAGUGACAGCAAAACGGACACUGUGGGAACUCAACAAGGCACCCCGACUGAUGACACCCCAGAAGUGCUCAACCGGGCCUUGUCCAGUCUAUCCUCCAGAUGGAAGAACUGGUGGAUCCGAGGCAUCCUCACCCUGGCCAUGAUUUGUUUCUUCUUCAUCAUCAUCUAUCUGGGACCUAUAGUGCUCAUGAUGAUUGUGAUGUGUGUGCAGAUUAAAUGUUUCCAAGAGAUUAUCAUGAUUGGCUACAAUGUCUACCAUUCCUAUGAUCUACCCUGGUUUCGGACACUUAGCUGGUACUUCUUGCUUUGUGUUAACUACUUCUUCUAUGGAGAGACGGUCACUGACUACUUCUUUACACUGGUCCAAAGAGAGGAACCAUUAAGAAUCCUCAGCAAAUAUCAUCGCUUCAUUUCGUUUGCUCUCUAUGUCCUAGGUUUCUGUAUGUUUGUGCUCAGCCUGGUGAAGAAGCAUUACCGUCUGCAAUUUUAUAUGUUUGGCUGGACCCAUGUCACUCUACUGAUCGUCGUAACACAGUCUCACUUAAUAAUACACAACUUGUUUGAAGGCAUGAUCUGGUUUAUAGUGCCCAUCUCCUGUGUGAUCUGUAAUGACAUCAUGGCAUACAUGUUUGGCUUCUUCUUUGGUCGAACCCCACUCAUUAAGCUGUCACCCAAGAAGACGUGGGAAGGAUUUAUUGGAGGAUUCUUUUCUACAGUAGUGUUUGGGAUAUUGUUAUCUUAUGUCAUGGCCGGCUACAGUUACUUUGUAUGUCCAGUGGAGUUUAACAACGACACCAACAGAUUUAUGGUGGACUGCGAACCAUCAGACCUCUUCCAGUUACAGGAAUAUCAAAUCCCUACUAUGCUGCAAUCUGUCAUCGGCUGGAAGACCGUCUGGAUGUAUCCCUUCCAAAUACACAGCAUUGCUCUGUCCACAUUUGCAUCGCUCAUCGGUCCAUUUGGAGGAUUCUUUGCCAGUGGAUUUAAGAGAGCCUUCAAAAUCAAAGAUUUUGCCGACACCAUUCCAGGUCAUGGAGGCAUCAUGGAUAGAUUUGACUGUCAAUAUUUGAUGGCCACAUUUGUGAAUGUGUAUAUCGCCAGCUUUAUAAGGGGACCUAACCCAAGUAAACUAAUCCAGCAAUUCUUAACUUUACGUCCUGACCAACAAAUUCACAUCUUUAACACCCUGAAAUCACACCUAAUGGAAAGAGGGAUGCUGGAGAUUGGCGAGGGUGUGUAAAAUAGCUGUAUAUCCAGUCAGGGCACAACACCUCCACCUGGCGCAUGAGGGGUCACUGUCCCAACAAUGCUGUUCCAGCCCUUCCCACAGAGGACUCAUUAACCCCUUUGCUGCCGGAGAAAGUUCCAGAAGCCCCUCCCUCUUUUCCUCCGUUUGUAAACAUUCGUGCGACCUCA